AAUUCAGUCUACUGCUGCUGCUGCUGUUGAUGUCGAUUCACCGUUAACGUGUAAUAUAACAAUAAAAAAUAAAACGAAAAAAAAUUUUAAUAUUGUUAUAUAAAUUACCUCAUAAAAUUUUACAAAUUAUAGAACAUUGUGUGCUUUAAAUAAUAAUACAAAAAUGUUUUUAACAUAAAACUAUCGUACAUACAAAUACAAUAAACUUGUCUCAUCAGUUAUUUUAAAAAUCCUAACGUAAUUAAUAAUAUUUUAAAUAAUCACCACAUUUAUCUUUUUAAAUAAAAAAAUACUGUAAAGUUUUAUAUUAAAUUUAUUUAAUCUUAGUGAUUAUACAUUGAGAUUUUAACUCUAGUAAGAUUACGUAGGAGGGAUAUAAAAGAAAAAAACAAGUAAGUGUAUGCCUAUAAAAAAAGAGGAUAGAAAACAGUGAAAAAAAUGAAGAUAAUUAUUAAAAUAAUAAAGACAAAAGAAUGGUCAUUUUUUUUUUAAGCUAAUAAAAAUAAUAAUAAUUAUUAUUAUUAAAAAACAAAUUUUAAUAAAUCUUUUAUGUGAUAAUGUACAGUAUGAAAGAUUGUAAAUAUCAAAUUUUAAUUACGGUGUAAUUUAAAAUGAUUAAUAAAUCAAUUGAAAGAGAUAAAAAAAAACAGAUAAUAAAAUAAUAAUUCUAAUUACAAUAUUAUUGAUAAUAAGAAAAAGGUGUAACUGAGUAUUGCUACAAGUAUGAAACUUGCAUCAAUGCAGCAGCGACCACAUGCACCUCCAGUACCUCCGAGGCCAAGCAGACAAGUUGUUGCAGAGGCCCUCAAGAGAUCAUCUGCUAGAUUAACUUUUCCUACGCGUCAGGCUCCACCGCCUCCAACUAACGUAAGACCCUGGCAGCAAUCGGAUUAUUCUUCAAAUAACGACAUUAAGCCUGUUGAAAAAAAUCUUAAUAUUGUUCACGAUUCUAUAAAAGAAGCUAACCAAGAAAAAUCUCAUCAAUCAAACAGUAAAUUAAUAAAGGAAACUUUUUUAAAUACAAAUGACAUUAAUUUAAAUAAUCUAAACAAUCAAGAUUCAAAUGUAUCUACCAAUAAUCAAAACCACAGCAGUAAUAACAACAACAACAAUAAUAAUAAUAAUAAUAAUAAUAAUAAUAAUAAUUAUGAAAAUAUAAUAAUAUCAAAUAAUCAAGAGUGCGAAUUAAUAGGUGUGAGUACAAUAACUCGAAGUAGUAUUUCACCUAUUGCAAUGAAUAAAUUUGAAAAUAGUAAUUUAUACACCGAGUUAACUGGCAGAGAGAAUGCGCGCACGAUAUUUUCUGGAACGAUUUCUAAUCAACUUACGACGUUACCUGAUUCUCUCAUAAAAACAACAGCAACAACAACAUCAUUAACAAAGGUUGUCGUUUCAACUGAAAAUGACGUGAAAUCACAAUUUUCAAAAAAUAAACAUUGUAUAGAAAAUUUAUUGACAUCCAGUGCCUCGACUGUUUCAAGUGAUGAUGGCACUACGAUUGUUGUAAUUGAAAAAGCAAGUGACGAUAUAAAAUCCGUUAACAGCGAAGAAGAUAAAAAUAAUAUUCAUCAUAAAGAUUGGUUAGAAGCAGGGAUUCGUUAUUCAUCUACUAAAAUAACUCUACCUGCAGAUGAUAAUUCAAUUAACAAUGGAAUUUUAACUUGUCCGACCCAUCAUCAUUUUUUAUUUAAUAAUUCUAGUAAGACAAGACCUGAAAGUAACUUUACCAGUAUAUGUGAUCAAAUAGCAAUGUCUUCCCUUCAAGGAUUACCUCCUUUGCCUCGAAGCCUAAGUGGAUUAUAUCUUAAUGAAGAAUUUAGAGAAACAAAUGAACCGCCUCCACCGCCUCUGAGAUCUUCAAGUAAAACAUCAAAAGUAGGAAAAACAAUACAGUCAUCGAAUUCCAGGCCUUCACCUUCACCUGGACGACAACUCACCACUUUGGAUUCACAGCUGGCGAUUCUCAGAAAAGAAAUGUUUGGACUGCGACAAUUAGAUCUUUCAUUACUAUCCCAGUUAUGGUCACUCAAUGAAUCAAUUCAAGAAUUUCGACAACUAGUUCAGGAACACGAUGAAAGAGUCCCUUCACCAUCUCCUAGCAGUGAGGAAGGUGAUGAUGGUUAUGGAAAUCAUAUACAUGUACCUUCACGUAGACCAGCGUCUCUCCAUCAUCAUCAUCAUCAUCAUCAUCAUUAUUCAUCUCAUCACCAUCAUCGACCACCCAGACCACCGAGACCUUUGCGACCACUCGGUAGCGAUGAAUCGCCUUCCAGCGAAGAAUACGGAGCGGUUUAAUGAUAAAUUAUUAUUUUAAAUAUUAUUGUUUUUACAAUUUUUCUAAAUUCAAUUCUUAAUUCUCGGUAUGUAAUAUAUGAUAAACAGUUAAUGUUAUAUGUCGAUAAAUAUAUUUUUGAUGUGAAUUUUAUAUUCAACAUUUUUAAAAUAUAAAUUACUGUAAAGAAAUGGAUGUCAUUUUUAUUUUUAUUGUUUUAAAUAUAUAAUUGAGCAAAAUUUAUUAACAAGCUAUUAUUAUUAUUAUUAUUAUUAUUAUUAUUAUUAUUAUUAUUAUUAUUAUUAUUAUUAU